AUGCCGCAGGACCGUUGCUUACGCUUCGCGAGUGUGGCGGUUGGACUGCUGCUCAUGGGGUGCGUGGGCUCCAACCACUCGAUCUCUGUCUGGAACGUGCAGCUGCGGGCGCUGCUGGGCUACUCGGGGGCGGACAUCUCACUUGUGUGCGCCAUGGCGUCUUUUGGCGCGUACUUCUCCAUCAGCCCCGGCUGGAUCUAUGACCACAUUGGCGCCCACUGUAGCGUUCUGCUGGGCGGCGUCUUGAUCGCCAGUGUCUAUUGGACGCUGUACGCUGGAAUGGUAGCGAGUCCCGGAGAUAUGGCACCGCUGGGCGUAGGGCUCGCGUUGGCGGUCCUCGGACAAGCCACGAACUUUGGUGUGUUCGCCGCGCUGGGACUGAAUGAGGAUUUGUAUGGACCGGAGCAUCGCGGCAAAGUCAUGGCGCUGGAACUGGCGGCGUUUAGCGCCGGCGGUGCGCUUUUCGCUGAAGUGUACAAGCACUUCUUCGACGGGAACGUCCCGUUGUACUUUCGAUUUAUGGGCUGCCUGAUGCUCGCGGUUUUUCUGCUGGCGUGGGUCGCUCUGUAUCGACCUGACAAGGAAAACGCACUGCACUCUGCUAUGACUGACACCGACCUGUCGAUAUGUGCACCCGACGGAGUCGUGUCGCCUGCCCCGAAAGUCCACGUCGACAGGGACUGCAGUCUCGUUCCGAUGGUGCAGUGUGACAGUGCUGCGAGCUGCGACGCCUUGUACGAGUUCCGAUUCUGGUUGCUCUUUGCUACGGUGUUCAUACUCGUGGGGUCGUCUCUGUUUAUAAUGGCGAACAUUGCGUUCAUUGUUGAGUCCCUGGGCGGCCCCAUGGAGCAGAUCCCGACAAUGGUGGCGCUCUUUUCGCUCGGCAACUGCUGUGGGCGCGUCGUAUCGGGCGUUCUAUCGGACAGCGUCCUGGACAGAUGUCCUCGCAUCUAUUUUGUAAGCGUGGCAUCCAUCUUCGUUGGUUUUACUCACGCGUUGUUUUUGGUUAUCCCGCGUGCGUACCUGGCGGUUCCUAUCACGCUUGCAGGCAUCGCUGAUGGCGUCAUGUUUGCCACGUUUCCUGUGCUGACCCGAGAGACUUUUGGCGCGCGCCACUUUGGCAAGAACUUUGGUCUUAUGAGCGCGGCCAAUGCGAUCGGCUUUCCCUUAUUCUACAGCCCCAUAGGCUCGUUUGUCUACAGUCUGUCGGCCAAGCCCGUGGACGGCGUCCAGAAGUGUGUCGGAGACGAGUGCUUUCGGUCAGUGUUCUUCUUGGUCAUCGCGUUGAGUGUCGUAUCCUUGAUGGCGAGUCUCGAGUUUGCCAAACGCCAGCAGUACGCCCGCUUGUUAUAG